AUGGCAGAAAUCGGAACUCCCCAUCUGAACCAUGACGGGUCAAGCCAAUCCGCAUCUGUCUUGCUCGCGCCCGGCUCUUCAACGGAUCCAAUAGCCAGUCAGACUUUGGCCGUAGGACCUCCUGAUCCACACUGUUGGACUGCUGAAUAUCCAGCCAUGAGUGUUAUCUUGUGUACAGCGGGGUAUGACCAUACCAUUCGCUUUUGGGAGGCGCUCUCCGGCAUUUGCUCGCGUACUAUCCAACACCCCGAUUCUCAGGUCAAUCGACUUUGCAUCACCCCGGAUAAGAGAUUCUUGGCAGCCGCUGGCCACAACAAUGUGAAGCUUUUUGACAUCAAGUCGACCAAUCCUAGCCCCGUUAUUACCUUUGAGGGCCACACAAACAACAUUACAGGUGUCGCAUUCCACUGCGAGGGCAAGUGGAUGGUCACCAGCUCCGAAGAUGGAACUGUGAAGGUCUGGGAUACUCGGACCGGUAGCCUGCAGCGCAACUAUGUCCAUAAGGCACCAGUCAAUGAUGUUGUCAUUCAUCCAAACCAGGGUGAGCUGAUCAGUGGAGACCACGCCGGCAUGGUUCGUGUUUGGGACCUCGGCGAGAGCGUCUGUACCCACCAGUUGAUCCCAGAGGAAGACACUGCAGUCCUCAGUGUUAGUGUGGCUAGCGAUGGCUCUCUACUCUGCGCUGGUAAUAAGAAGGGCAACGUUUAUCUGUGGCGCAUGGUUCAAACUGACGACACUACCCGCAUUAUUCCCGUCUGUACCUUCCAAGCUCAUAACAACUAUCUCACCCGUGUCCUGCUGUCCCCCGACGUGAAGCACCUUGCCACUUGCUCUGCGGACCAUACUGCCAAGGUGUGGAACCUCGACGCUGAUUAUGCCCCGGCCAAGGCUGCUCUCAAGCAGUGGAAGGAGCAGGAGAUUCUGAACCCCCCAGUUGUGACACCAACAGAGGAGCCAGCCGCUCCAGCCGAGGCACCAGCGAAGUCCAGUGACCUACUCCGUAUCUUCGGCACUCCUGCGCAAGAUCGCGACCUUCUGCGCAUUACUGAUAACCCACCCCGCCAAGAAAGUCCCCAGCAAACAUUCACAUCUUCUCCUGAUGGGCCUCCCAUGGAUCCGGUGAACCACACUUUGUUCCUGGAGACGACUCUCGCCACCCACCAGCGCUGGGUUUGGGACUGCGCCUUUUCUGCCGACUCUGCUUACCUGGUGACCGUUUCCAGUGACCACUAUGCGCGGUUGUGGGAGCUUAGCUCUGGAAUUGUGAUUCGCCAGUACAGUGGUCAUCACCGUGGUGCCAUCUGCGUUGCGCUGAACGACUAUUCUGAGCCUCGCUAG